AUGUCCCGUUUCAAACCCACGACAGCAAAUGUAUCCCAUAUCGUGUUCGAUCUAGGCGGCGUAUUCACCGAUCCUCCAUCCAACGAUGUACUGCUUUCCACUGUAGGCUCGUCGCUAGUCUCUGUCCGGAGACUAACAUCCACGUCAACAUGGAUGAACUACGAAUGCGGCAAACUCGGAGAAGAAGAAUGCUACCAGCUCCUAGGAGACCAAUACUGUCUCCAAGAAGGCGGCCUAGCAACAGCCAUCCAAAAAGGGCGCGAGGCCUCCAAUUACGACCACGACCUGGUAGCCGGCCUAUGGGCGUUCAAGAAAAGCACCCCCGGCGUGCGGUUUAUCAUGGCUUCGAACAUCUCCCUGCCAGACUAUACGGCGCUCCAAGAGCGAUGGGGGCACCCGUUCUGGUCGCUAUUCGACUACUCUUUCCCUUCGUGCAAAGUGGGAGUCCGCAAGCCCAGUCCCCGAUUCUACCGCCAUCUUCUGAGGAACACCGGUGCCAGUCCGCAUCACACUGUCUUUGUGGAUGACCGGCCUGAGAAUGGGUUCUUUUCGAGGCUGCGGAUGCGCUCUCGCGGUCGUUACGGAGUCUGGUCGGGGACUCUGUGGAAAGAGGUCCGUACACUGCCAAUGCUGAUUCUACCUGUCAGAACCCUCGUCGAACUCAAACGACCUCAAAGGUUCUGGAAUUUCUUCAGCGCACCGAAGUACACAACCACCCAAUACCCCGACGACGUGGACACCACAUCCCUAGCCUUAGCAUCCAUGCCAUACAGCCCAGAGGUAGUCCACUCAAUGCUCGACGAAAUGCUCAACUACGUCGACGAAGACGGCCUCGUCCAGCUUUACCUGGAUAAAUCCCGACCCCGCGUCGACGCCGUCAUCUGCCUCAACGUGCUCACACUAUUUUGCAUUCACUCACGAGGCUACCAACUCCCGGAGACAACCAACUGGAUCCAGGACAUCCUCCUGCACAGGGCGUACCUCAACGGCACAAGAUACUAUCCAACGGCGGAAUGGUUUCUGUACUACCUGAGCCGGCUGCUCGUCCGAACAGACGAUCAGACGUUGCGGGACCGGUUCGAAGCCCCACUUAAACAGCGGAUCAAGGAGCGGAUCGGCGCUGGAGGGGACGCGCUGUGUCUUGCGAUGCGCUUGUUGGUGUGUAGUGCGUUGGGGUUUGCCAACCCUCGCGAUGUAGAGACCUUGAGGGCAGCGCAGUUGGAGGACGGGGGGUGGGAGGCUUCGUUCAUGUAUCGGUUUCCCGGGAUGGGGAAGGAGUUGGGGAAUCGGGGGGUUACGACUGCUUUUGCGGUUAGAGCGCUGCAGGAGCAGGCUGGGAUUGAACUGGGUGGGACUGCUUAG